AUGGGCCGCCCUAAGAUAUAUGCCACCCUCGAGGAGAAAAAGGACGCACAGCGUCGAUGGAAUUCAAGCUACUAUGAGAAAAAUCGCCAGAAUAUCAAUAUGAAGGCCAGAGUGAAGCGUGACGCUGGGCGCAUCAGUUCACAUGGUCCCAACAAAGGUGCCGCCGGAAUCAAACGCAACAAGCGAGUGUACAAGUCUGGUCGUGGUCUACCUACCCAGGACUUGAAUGCACUCGAGGAGCCUGUUGCUAGUCAUGAGCAGCUCAGCAUCUGCGACAGGCGCUCCAUGUCCGACGCGUUGUAUGAGCAGGAGUUAAUGCAUCAAAGACCACAGCAUAUGCAUUUUCACUCUGAAGAAUAUUCCACCGCGCAUGCGAAUGAAGGUCCUCCACAUCCACCGACAGCCACCACUCAGGCCAACUUUCCUCGCUCCCCACCGGCAUCGCCCUGCGUCACCCGUCGUCCCAGCGCCAUCAUGAUGACCAGUCCUCUUUGGCCAUCUAGCCCAAGCCCUAGCCCAGUCAGGCCUUCCAACACUUAUCCGGCUUCAGACGUGUACACGCGGGCAAGCCCCACGCCGACGUCGACUCGGAACCUAAUCAAUAAGUCCAACCUUAGCCCCACAAUGGAACCCUCUGUCCUAUCUAGCCCCGGUGAGAUCAGCAGUCGGCUUCUUGCGCUCUUCGGCGGCGAUAUCAGAGGCCGCUUAGAUGAACUAAGCCUCGCGUUCAUUAACUCACGAUCUGACGCCAGAAGAAAUCGUCUCCGGGACGAGACGUCUGACUUCCAUUCAGGGGUAGACAUUAUAAUGGAUUCGGCGCGCGAAACUAGGUCUCAGGCCGCUUCGAUGGCCGAGAGCACUGGUAUCCAAACUCAAAUCUAUAGAUUAGUUGAGGUUGUCCGAGCCAUCACAGAGAUAUAUGGUAUCAUGUCUUUCGAGGGAGCACUCGGCCUCGCAGACAUGCGCGAUCGAGCCAGCUGUAUCUACAAUAAAACCAUCUUGGCAUUGACAUCCUAUUCUCUGUCUGUUGACGACUUCCACCCAAUUUUAUGUAUCGUCCAUCAGUGUGGAUGCAGCCGAGUGUAUCCAGCGAAAUUCGGCACACAAGAUCAGAGCAUAAUUCGAAGCCACUCCGCAGGCGCCCCAGCUCGCCUGGUCCUCACUCACAUUAUGCAGUCCCACACACGUCUCAUGGAGCCUUUGGAGCUCUCUGCGGACUCGCCUUGGCACACCUCCGAGCCGACCGUCGAAGAUCUCACUGCCAUGCCGCAAAAAGAUCGCGAACGGUUGAAGCUGCGUCUUCGACUAGAUACAUAUUCCGCGACAAGGUCAAAUUUAAUUGCGCGCCGCGAAGGCCGGGAUGCGACACGUCGUCACGGCAAUCCCUUGCAUCCCGUUGUAUACGUCGGCGAGCAAGUUUCUUUGAUCGCGUCGUACGUCGACGACCCUGACGACGUGCUCGGUAAUGACUUCGCGAUAUGGUCCGUUGACGGCUGCAAGGAUGCCAUUGACUUCGUCAACGACCUCGCACUGAGGUACAUCAACAGGACUCCUCAGGGCUGGGGACUCAGGCUGAUUAGUGAGUUCGAUGGGUCGAAAACCAACGAAGAGACACCGGAUGGCGAUCUUUCCAUUGUCACGGAGAGGUCGGUGUACCUCUUGACUCUGCAUGAAGCGAUUCAUCGUGUACAAGACUCCCUUCGUCAGCUUGUCGGCAGCAACUGUAAGCUCUAUCGACGCUGCGACGCGGUUGGUCGCACGUUGACGAGGCACAUUGCUAUUGCAGAGGACGUUGCCGCACGAUUACGGCGCGGCCCUGUUGAGAUGUAUGAAGUCUGGGAGCGCAAGCUUUUCCUUUGGCAGGAUGAACCCCUGUAG